CAUAAUGAAUUGACCACUCAAGUUGUGUGUGUGUGUGUGUGUGUGUGGAGUAACAGCGGCCCUGCCAGUUUCAAACAGUGGAUGUCGUAGAAGGUUUGUAAUUGUCGAGAGCAAGUGGUGGGACAAAAUUUUACAUGUCCAAAUCUAUUUUACAGCCCAACUAUCUGAAUAGUCAAAACACAAUCUCGUUAUACGUCCUUAUCUCGUCCUGACGAAGGGUCUCGGCCUGAAACGUCGACUGUACCUCUUCCUAGGGAUGCUGCCUGGCCUGCUGCGUUCACCAGCAACUUUGAUGUGUGUUGCUUGAAUUUCCAGCAUCUGCAGAAUUCCUCGUGUUCUCGUUAUAAUUAACUGAUUAUUAAUUAGUGGUUGAUUUAAGACUGUAGAAUAAUGCCGAUUUUCAUUGCCAUAAUACUGAGUAAUGAAACUGGCAGUGUAAUGAAUAGAGUACAAAGAAAGCGGUAAGCACAUCGAACAUGGGUUACAUUAUUUAAUAUCCAUUGUAUUGUUCUGUGGUCCCUCGAUUCUCUGAUUCUGGUUUCUAAUCUUUAUAUCGUAAUUAGCUUUAAAUUUAUGGUAAUAGAAAGUUUUAAUCGGUUAGUAAAGUCAUACAACUGACCAAACCCCAAGAAAUAGACUGAUCACAGCAGUUCAGUAGUAAUCUCUCUACCUCGCUCAAAGAAGGUUUUACAGUAACAGGCUAAAUAUUUGCUCUUCCGUCUAAUGCUGGUACGCGAGGUGUAAUUCUGAAGCUUAAAGGGUUAUAGCGGGCAAUAAAAGCUCCUUUAAUGCUUUUUGUCUGACGCAUGCUGAAUUGUCACGAAGAAGGUUUAUUUCAGAUUACAGUUCAGAAUUCUACUAUAUUAUGACUCAUUUCUGGCACUUGGUGUAAAAAAAGGACAUAUUUACACAUUCGAGGCAACCAGCAACCAAAUCGUCAAACUUGAAAAUAAAUUUAUUAUCAAAGUACGUAUUUGUUACUAUAUACUACUUUAAGAUUAAUUUUCUUGCAGGCAUUUACAGAGAAAAAAAGAAAGAGGAAGUAGAUACAAAAGUCAGCAUUGACCUUGGGUCAACGACUACAGUACAGAUGUGUCAUUCUGUGAUGCAGUUCGUGUCCUUGACGUUUGUUCGCAGAGUUUAAUUUGCAAAGAGUCCACACUCUGUUUUAUUUGCCAACUGCAGUAGAGUUACUGCAAUAAAAUGAUCAGGUAGUUUGCACCAGGGUGUAGUAUGUGCUUAAUAAAUAGUGCCAUUUUCUGAGAGGUACUCAUUGCCUGCACGGGUAUAUCGUUCUCAAUAUUUGCACUUACAAGUUGUGACAAAACGUACAUGUGAAAUUAUAUCUGCAAGGUUUGGAGUGAAGACAACCAUUAAUUUUAGAGAAUUUAUAAGAUGGAUUCAACGUCGCUGCAGUACAAGCUGACGUUAGAGACAUCUAGCGAUAGGACGGUAUUGUUGCAAGAUGGAGGGCGCCCAACUGACAUGAAACCAGUACUUUCCACGAACGUUGGAUUUUCGCCUGCUAUGUUUCCUUCGGCUUUGAAAACGACUCCAAGUGGAAGAUGCCACGGAUUGUAUUCAGAAGACAUUUCAGCUUGCGGUUCGUAUGGAAAUCCAGAUCGGGGGAUUGUUGCCAUCUCACCUGAGGCAGUUCCAUUCACUGCCAACCAGCUUCAAAGUGACAGUCAUAUAUCUUUGUUUAGUAACUACCGCUAUAAUCCUUGCAUUAGAGGAGAAGUCCCCACAAGCUCAACAAGUUAUCAGAAUUGGGCAUUAGAAUACCCCCGAGCUGCACCUGCCCAGACCCGGGCCGAUCCUAAUGACCCGGACACGUCUGCCUACAACUAUUCUCAAUGCUGUGGAGCAUCUAUUUCAGGAGGAGCAUUUCAUACUACAAGUUCCAGCACCCCAAUGCAUUUAGCUUUAGGAUUUACAUCGCAAUGGUCAACGUCGCAAAACCUAGAAAAUAGACGAAGGAAGAAACGAAUCCCUUACAGCAAACAGCAAAUUGCUGAACUGGAAAAAGCUUUCGAAAAAAAUCGAUUCCUGACCCCCGAAAUCCGAUUAAAUAUUUCUUUUAAAUUAGGUUUGACAGAAAGGCAGGUAAAAAUAUGGUUCCAAAACCAGAGACAAAAAGAAAAAAAGCUUCUUCGUGUGCAACAACCGAUGCAUCCAAGCUGCUCUCGAGUCUGAAAGGGGAACACUUUUAUUCAA